GCCAAAAAGGAGGCAAAGCGCCUCGAGAAGGAGGCGAAGCUCGCUGCUAAGGUAAAGAAAGUCGUCGCAAACACCCCCGCCGGUGAGAAGAAAGCCAAGGUCGAGAAGGAGAAGCAGCAGCAAGAGGAGGCAUUCGUGAAUACGACCCCCAAAGGAGAGAAAAAGGAUGUGUCUCAACCUAUGGCCAGCGGAUACAAUCCCAUUGCUGUCGAGUCUGCUUGGUACGAUUGGUGGCAAGCGCAGGGUUUCUUUGAACCUCAGCUGGAUGCGAACGGUGGGCCGAAGCCUGAAGGCCUCUUUGUGAUCCCUGCACCUCCACCCAACGUCACCGGUAGCUUGCACAUUGGCCACGCGCUGACCACGGCCAUCCAGGACUGUUUGAUUCGUUGGAAUCGAAUGCUAGGAAAGACAACGUUGUUUGUACCAGGAUUCGAUCACGCAGGAAUAUCCACUCAAUCCGUUGUUGAAAAGCGUCUGUUCAAGUCAACAGGACAGACGAGACAUGACCUUGGCCGCGAAAAGUUCUUGGAAACCGUCAUGGACUGGAAGAACGAUUAUCAGGGCCGCAUCACCGAACAGCUAUGUAGACUUGGAGGCAGUUACGACUGGAGUCGUGUUGCCUUUACGAUGAAUGAGCAAUUAUCAAAAGCGGUCAUCGAGAACUUCUGUAGAUUACACGAGGAGGGAAUUAUCUACCGUGCCAACCGCCUUGUCAACUGGUGCGUCAGACUCAAUACUACGCUCUCCAAUCUUGAGGUUGACCAGAAACAGCUCGACGGGCGUACGCUGUUGAGCGUACCAGGGUACGAUCCCAAGGAGAAAUUUGAGUUCGGUGUGAUCACGUCUUUUGCGUAUCCCAUAGAGAAUUCGGAUGAAAAGAUCAUAGUCGCAACGACACGUCCCGAAACCAUGCUUGGGGACACAGCUAUCGCUGUUCAUCCAAACGAUCCGCGAUACGAGCAUCUCCAUGGCAAGUUCGCUGUGCACCCUUUCGUCAAUCGUCGUAUCCCCAUUGUAACGGAUGACAUCAUCGUUGAUAUGGAGUUCGGAACGGGCGCGGUCAAAAUCACACCUGCUCAUGAUCCGAAUGAUUAUGAGGUUGGGACGAGGCACAAUCUGGAAUUCAUAAACAUCUUGAACGAUGAUGGCACGUUCAAUGCUAACGCGGGAGAGAAAUUCCAGGGCAUGAAACGCUUCCACGCGAGAGUUGCUGUCGUCAAGGCUCUUCAGGAUGCUGGCCUAUACAUCGAAACGAAAGACAACCCCAUGCAGAUCCCUUUGUGUAGUAAAUCCGGUGAUAUCAUCGAACCUCUACUCAAACCUCAGUGGUGGCUAAGCUGCCAGCCGCUGGCCGAGGAGGCAAUCAAACGUACCAAGGCUGGCGAAUUGAACAUCACACCGAAAACAUCGGAGGCAGAAUGGUAUCGAUGGUUGGAGAACAUCCAAGAUUGGUGCAUCUCACGUCAGCUUUGGUGGGGACAUCGCUGCCCAGCGUACCUCGUCCGCAUUGAAGGGCAGGGGCAGGACGCGAACGAUGGGAAGAAUUGGGUGGUGGGCCGGAAUCUACAAGAGGCCGAAGAACGUGCGAGAAAGCUCGCUGGUGGCGCCAAAUUCACCCUUGAGCAAGAUGAGGACGUCCUCGAUACCUGGUUUUCCUCCGGAUUAUGGCCAUUCUCUAUCAUGGGCUGGCCAGACAAAACCCCCGACUUUGAGAGAUUCUACCCGUCUUCCGUACUCGAGACUGGGUGGGACAUCCUGUUCUUCUGGGUAGCCCGCAUGGUAAUGCUUGGCCUUCGCUUGACUGGUAAAAUGCCCUUCAAGGAAGUCUACUGCCACGCCAUGAUUCGUGAUGCGCACGGCCGCAAGAUGUCAAAGUCGCUCGGAAACGUGAUUGAUCCUUUGGAUGUCAUCCAAGGUCUCCCUCUGGAGGAACUCCAUCUGAAAUUAUACGAGGGAAAUUUAGAUGAAAAGGAGAUCGCGAAAGCGAAGGCCGGGCAGAAGAAGGAUUUCCCGAAGGGCAUACCUCAGUGUGGUACGGAUGCCCUGAGAUUCGCAUUGUGCGCAUACAGUGGCGGAGGCCGGGAUAUCAAUUUGGAAAUUUUGCGCGUGGAAGGCUACCGCAAAUUCUGCAACAAAAUCUUCAAUGCUACGAAGUUCGCCAUGUUGAAGCUUGACUCUUCAUUCGUACCAGAACCUUCUGCCAAGCCUACAGGCAAUGAAAGCCUGGUCGAGAAGUGGAUCCUACACAAACUCAAUAUCGCUGCUGAUGAAAUCAACAAACAAUUGACGGAGCGUAAUUUCAUGGCGGCGACCACGUCUGCCCACAACUUCUGGUUGUAUGAGAUGUGUGACAUUUAUAUCGAAGCAAUGAAACCGAUGACGGAGCCGUCCGCGUCAGCAAAAGCUCGCAUCUCGGCUCAGCAGACGUUGUAUACCUGCUUGGACCACGGUCUACGCCUCCUCCACCCCUUUAUGCCCUUCGUCACGGAGGAGCUUUGGCAACGCCUCCCUCGCAGGCCCAAUGACUCGACGCCCUCGAUCAUGUUGUCUUCAUACCCUGUCUAUGAUGAGAGAGCUGUGUUCAGUGACGCUGUCAAGGAGUUUGAUCUCGUGUUCAGCGUGAUUCGUACAAGUCGGUCGCUUGCUGCGUCUUACAACCUCCAGUCCGAUAUCCAAGUAUUCGUUCACGUUCAGAGCGAAGCAGAAGCAACGCUGAUCGAGUCACAAAUACCGACCAUCAUCACGCUGAUCAAGGGCUGCAAGGCCGUUGAAGUCGUCCGCACGCUGGACGCUAUUCCUGCUGGCUGUGGAUCCAGUUCCCUCACCGCGAGCGUCGCCGUCCACAUACUCGUCCGAGGUCUGAUCGACAUCGCUGCGGAGAUCGCAAAAUGCGAGAAGAAACUCGACCUCGCACGUCUGAAUUUGGACAAGAUCCGGAAGAUCCAGUCCCGAGCCGAGUACGAGGAAACCAUCCCAGAAAACGUCAGGUUGCUCAACGAAGACAAGAGAAAAAUAUACGAGGCAGAAAUUGCUACGAUUGAGCUGUCCAAGGAGAUGUUUGCUAAGCUAUAAUAAGAUGUACUCGAUGUUACAUUCAAUAUAACGUUACGUGAUGGAAUGGGGCCGUAGGGUUGUGGACCUUUCGGCCAGCUUAUACACUGGCUAG